AUGGUAUUCUCAGGAAUUGCUCUGGGUUCAGAUGGAUACAAUGCCUCAAUCAUGGGUAAUCUCAACCUGCUCCUGGCAGUCAUCUACCCCGACGUCCUGACAAAAGACAUGCGCGCACGCCUCUCGAACGCCUUUCUCAUUGGCAUGAUCGUCGGCAUGUUGGGUUUUGGGGUUGUGGUCGACCAACUCGGUCGCAAGACCGGUGCCAUCGCUACUACGCUCUUGUUGCUUCUUGGCGUCGUGCUCAGCGCAGCAGCCAGCGGGGCCGGUGGUUCAUCAACUGGUCUGCUCUGGAUGCUCAUCAUUGCACGGGGCAUCGCCGGCGUAGGAGCGGGAGGCGAGUACCCCGUUGCCGGUGCUGGUGCAGCCGAAGCUUCCGAUGAAGCGGCACAUCUGAGGAAUAGGCGCGGCUUCAUCUUCGCGUUGAUCUCGGAUCUUGCGGCCGGGCUGGGAUACUGCUGGGGCGCGCUGGUGCCCCUCUUGUUGCUUCUCUGCGUUCACCAGAGCGAAGAAAAGUACGAGAUCGUAUGGCGCACGGCUCUAGCGCUGGGUGCUAUCCCUCCACUAUCCAUCUUCUGGUUCCGCCUGCGCAUGCGAGUGUCGACUGCAUAUCGAAAGUCCGCCAUGCGCAAGCAGCGAGUCCCCUACUGGUUGAUCUUCAAGAAGUAUCACCGCCGUCUUGCGGGUGCUUCCGCAGCGUGGUUCUUGUACAACUGGAUCUCCAUCCCCUUUGGUAUCUUCAGCUCAGUCAUUAUUUCACAAGUCAAUCCCUCCAAUUCUCUUGUGGAGAACCUGGGUUGGGGAUGUCUGAUCAACUGCUUCUAUUUGCCGGGCCCAUUCAUUGGUGGAUAUCUGGCGGACAAGAUCGGUCGCAGACAGACGCAGGCGCUUGGGUUCAUGCUGCAGGCCAUCUUGGGCUUCAUUCUCGGUGGGCUCAACCAGCAGAUACAAAGAAUCUUCCCGUUGUUCGUUGUCAUGUAUGGUGUCUUCCUGACUCUGGGCGAGGUUGGACCUGGAAGUACUGUCGUCCUCGGCGCAACGGAGCCAUUCCCUACUGCCGUGCGUGGUCAGAUCAUGGGUCUUAUUUCAGCCUUUUCCAAAGCUGGCGCAGCCAUUGGAACACAGGUCUUCACCUCCAUUUCGGCUGCCUACAUCGAUCCUGAGAAGGCGAACCAGGUUGCUUUCCUUGUUGGCUCUGGCUUUGCCGUUCUGGGCGCCUUGAACGCAUGGUUUGUGGUACAAGACGGUGACAAGAUAUUGGACAACGAGGAUGGCAUUUGGAAGGAGUACCUGGUCUCACAGGGCUGGGAAGCUACGUGGGGUGAUAAGGAGACUGUCGACCCCGCCAGGGCGCUCGCUUAUGAAGUCAAGGAGACUUCUUGA